AUGAUCUUGCUCCUCUUCUUGUUCGGUUUGACUCUGGGUGCUCCUUCUGAGGCUCCGUCUGAUGAUGACCACAGAGUUCAACUACUGCGUGAAAGCUGUCCUCCGUUCUGGUACAGCUUCAAUGGCCGCUGCUACAAAUAUGUGGCCACACACAUGAGCUGGGCUGAUGCAGAGCUCUACUGUGUGUCACAGCGAGCCAACCUAGUGUCUAUCCACAGCGAGGAGGAAGAGGAGUUUGUUAAAUCAUUAAUUAAGAACUUUGAUCAUGCUGAGCGACACACCUGGAUUGGACUGAGUGACAUCCAUAAAGAAGGCAGAUGGAUGUGGUCUGAUGGUUGUGCAGUGAGUUUUGUCUACUGGCAUGCUGGUGAGCCAAACAACAGUGGAACAAAUGAACACUGUGUUCACACUAACUUGUCGGACUUAAAGAAGUGGAAUGAUCGCCAAUGUUCUGUCAAUUUAGCUUCUGUUUGUGCAACACGGAUAAACUGCCCUUAG